AUGGUAUACUGUGGUAAACCAAGCAAAGGAUGUGGCGAGUGCAGGUCCAGAAAGAUUCGGUGUGACCAAGCCCAACCGGCCUGUUCGCAAUGCACCAGGGCCAAGCGGGACUGUCCCGGAUAUCGGGAUCAACUGGCGUUAAUGUUCCGCGACGAAAGCAAAUCAGUAGUCCGAAAAGCGGUUGCGUCCUCGACAAAUAAGAAUAAACAAGAGCGAUCGCGUCGCACUGCAAUCCCAGAAAGGAAACCUAUGCGGUCUGAGCUCGGUCUCGUGGUGGAGCAGGACUUUGACUUCAAUUCUGAUCCACAGCAUGUCUUUCUUAUGCGACAGCUCGGGAAUUACCCGUUGGAGGUCCAGCCGUCAUAUGAGCUCGAGGCCACCAAAUAUGAAGCAGUCUGUUAUCUCCUGCGAUCCAAUGCCAUCCCCAGCGGCUUCUGGACUAGUGGGAUCGUUUCCAAUUUUUUGGUGCAGAGCGGGGGAUCUGCAGGCCAGAGAGCCAUGAAGACAAGCGUGGUUGCUACUGCUACGGCUAUGCUCUCGCGAGUAAGAGGGUUACAAUCGCUUAACGAUAUAGCCCGCCGGGAGUAUGGAUCCGCUUUGAGAUUGCUUAACGCCGCUCUAGCCGACAUAGAGGAGGCGAAAACAAAUCAAACCUUGGGCGCUGUUAUAAUGCUUGCCAUAUAUGAAGUGAUUACAUCAAGAGCCCCGGAGAGUAUUGACGGCUGGACCAACCAUAUCAAUGGGGCAACAGCCCUGCUCGAUAUACGGGGCACUGAUCAAUUUAAGACCAGCGCCGGUCUUCGCUUGUUUUUAUAUCUUCGAUAUCAGAUUACCAUCAGUUGCCUACAACGAGACGCACGAGUGCCUGACUCGCUACUGCAAUGCACGGACUUCGCGAUGUUUCUUGACACAGAAGAAGCUCACGGCAAUCGAUUAGUCAUGAUAAUUGGGAAACUAUCGAACCUUCGCGCAGAUAUCCACACCAAUACGUACAAAAGUGAGCGGGAAAUCAUAUCAGCAGCGUCGGUCAUCGAAGCCGAUUUAAUUGCCUGGCUGGCAGCUCUUCCCCCGGAUUUAACUACACCACCCAUCGCCCGGAUCAUCGUCAGCGAAAUCAUCCUCUCCCAUGUCCGGAAACUAUCCGAAAGUUCCUCUCUAGCCUCAUUAUCUGAAGAGCUUCGUGUCCAAUGCAGGACACUGCGAUCGACGAUUCGGCGGUUAGCCCUGGAGAUCUGUCGCAGUGUUCCGUUUCACUUCAACGUCCACCUAGUAACUAGGGAAUCUAAUCUCCCACCGCCUGAAAGUUAUAUUGGAGGCCUAGUGCUCCUAUGGCAUCUAUUCGUCGCUGGGGUUGUUGAGAGCCCCCAACAUAGGCUGCGCCGCUGGGUGGUCAAGUGUCUGGAAAUGAUUGGAAAGACGAUGGGUAUCGACCUGGCACUUGCAGUGGCAGAGAUAGUCGCUGCUGAUCCUGGAGUUUUACAUCCUGUGACUGAGGAAGAAGACAUCGACACCCAUUGA